GCUUUUAGUCAUUUCAAAACAAUUUAAAAAUGAAAAGGAAAUUAAUAUAAAAUAAUUCUUCACUUUAUAGUCAAUUUAAUUUCGAGCAAAAAAAAUCAUACAUUUGAUGGUUUUAUUUAUUCUAAUAAAAAUUUAAUCUAGCCAGAAAAUCAAUGUUCGUGUUUUUAGGGGAAACCAGCAUUUUACCACCAUUCAUCCUACUUUUGACAGAUACCAUUGGAAGAUACGGCCUCAUCAUGACUAGGCGUUUGUUUCCUGAUGCUGAAAGUUGAACAAAGCUGAGGCUCUUUCCAGAUUCCAACUUGUGGAUGGUAAAAGAUUAAUAAAAAUGGAUCCUCUUUCACCGGGCCCUUGUUUGGAUGUCAGUGACGAUGAGCUCGUUUCAAUAUCAGUACGCGACCUGAAUCGCCAUCUCAAGCUUCGAGGUCUAUCUCGCGAUGAGAUAGUGCGUAUGAAACAGCGACGAAGAACAUUAAAAAAUCGAGGCUACGCUGCCGGUUGUCGGAUUAAACGCAUCGAGCAAAAGGAUGAACUGGAGACUGAAAAAUCCCAGGAGAACAAAGACAUGGAAGCAAUGCAGGAUGACAAUAACAGGAUGCGAGAGGAAAUAGAAUCUUGGAAUUCUAAAUACGUAGCCUUAAAAAAAUUCGCUCUACAACAAAAAGUCCAGCUUCCAUCUGAAUUGGAAACGAUGUAA